AAAGCAUCUGGUUGCUGAAGGCAAAUAAGGUGUUGUGAAGUUUGAGGGCUAAAUUUUUUUAUUUCCCAGGACCAAUUUAACAUCUGAAGCUUUUUAAUCACUGGAAGAACUUAUAUUCAUGAGAAAAAAGUUCCGCCAUGAAUACGAUGUGGAUGGCGCACAAAACCAAAAGCUACUCCAAGGGUGGUGGCACAAGACGGAAGGAUUCUCCUCAGAAUGGAUCUCCAGCACACUCGAGCUACCUGCAGGACGAGUACGACUUUGAAUUUGACAAGUACAGUGAUGAUGGUGACGAUCGGUUCCUGGACGACCGAGAUGAAAGCGACGAAGAUACUGAAGAGGCCAGUGAGACAGACAUGGGGAAGACCGAAGAGUACACUGAAAUCAAAGAACAAAUGUAUCAAGAUAAGCUUGCUUCUCUAAAGAAGCUGGUGCUUCAGCUUAAGGAAGGAAGUCACCCGGAAUAUGUCACCAAGUUGAAAAAACUAGAGGCAGCUCACAAAGAAAGGUUGAGACUAAACGUUAUUUGGCGCGACUACGAGAUCGAGUGUGUGGAACGGGAUUACAUUCACGAAAAGAAAAUGGCAGCAAAGGAGUGCGAAGAAAAGAAAAUCGAGCUGCGAGAACUGCUGCUUUCUGAAUUGGAGGACAAGAGGAAAAUCGUCGACUCGGAACGGCAGAGUAUGGAGCUGACGGGAGAUUCGAUGGAGGUUAAACCGGUGAUGACCAGAAAGUUGAGGAGAAGACCAAACGAUCCAGUUCCUAUACCUGAAAAGAGAAGAAAACCACCACCAGCAACGUUGAACUACCUCCUCGAAGACAAAGAGAUUGAAUCUGAUCUGCGGCAGAUAGUUCGCGCCAGGCCCGUGACUGGGCUCCUCCCUCCGAGAAAACCUUCCAUGACUGGAAAUGCGACCAGUUACGGAGACGCACCUUUGCCUGAUACAAGGAUAGAGGACGGCAAGCUCUUGUUCGAGCGGCGUUGGUACCACAGAGGACAGCCCGUGUAUGUUGAGGGAAAAGAUAUUUCCACCUACCCUGCCAUUAUAACAGCAAUAGGAACCGAAUCUAUAUCUGUUAAGAAGACUCUGGAUGGAGCCAAAUUUAAAAUUAACCUAUUCCAGUUAGUCCGCGGAACUUACUCGGUUAAGAGGAGAGCACCUUAAGUUGCACACAACCGGAUCUUGAGUUUAAUUAUCUAAUUUAUAAGUUAUUGUUUUUAAGAACAUCUUAAAAUAAAGAGAAAAUAAUUUUUAAAUUUAAAAA